CACAAGAGGCAGAACAGAUUCAAGAGGACUAAGGAGAAGACGGUGGACAAACAGAAGAACUGAAGUGUCAAGGCGACUCUAGAGCAGAAGCAGAUGGCUGCUGUGGUCGCUGGCCUGGCUCGGCUCCUACAGCCAGCCAUGGUGUUCCCUGGAAGUGAGCCUGGCUGCCGAGGCCUGGCCCCCUGGUAUCUCCUUUUGGGGCUACGGCUGGUGGCCCUUUUCAUCGCUGACGGGCCCUGGUCCUCUCCCAACCCCGACCUGGUUUGCAACUGGACUUCGGUGCAGGUGGACAGUCGGCCUUUCUGCAGCGCGCUCUGCUUCAACCGCCACUUUCCUGCCCCCAUCUCCUCUGCGUGGGGUUUUGCCUUUUUGACUGCCCUGCUCCCAGUGGGGCUAAUGGGGCUCAUAAGGACCGGAUCCAAGCACCAGAGAAAGGCAGCAAAGGGAGGAGACGAGGAGCUAACCGACAUCACUAGUGUGAGCCACGACAUGGCCGCCGGAUCCAGCAUGGCUCCCGGAACGAUUCCUUUGCCCAACAUGGUUCCGUCGGAACCCAAGAUGUCCGCCCGUUGCACCUGGCCCUUGGCUGCCUUCGUUUUCUGCGUGUUUCUCCUCCUGGCCAUGGAGCUGGGCUUCUUCUGGGUUGUGAUAUCUCUGCAGAUCCCGUCGGUGCUUCGCACAACCUUCUUAUGCCUUCCAGGAGCACACUCCUGCCCUGAGGCACUCGAAUGUGCCCUGGCAGGCCAAGCCGACAAGCACAUGGCACUGUGGGCAUUGGCUUUCACAGCUUUUGUCAACAUGGCGGCUUGCCUGGCCUACCUUCUCCUGACUCUAGGGAGGGCUUCCCGAUGCCACAGAGCAAAAUAACAGAGCCAAAGAAGAGAGCAGGGCCAGCCCAUCCAUGAGGCAAGGUGAGGUGACCGCCUCAGACAGCAGGAUCCACAGGGGCAGCAGUUCUUUAUUCCCUCAUGUUCCUGAGGUAGAUCUUCACUCAUUUUUCCCUGGUGGGGAUGGGAGCACCAUUUUGUGGUUUGCCUUGGGUGACAAAAUUUAUUGAGCUAGCCCUGGAGAAGAGAAUGCAAGAAAGUGGACUGUGAAGGAGACCGAUGACAUAUUCCGGAACUGCCCAUCCACAUGAAUUAUUAACAUGUCGGGGAACUUUUAUCAGCAUUUUAGUCUGAAUUUCUACCAGUAAACAUACAUUUGUAUGCAGUUUUGACUUAUGCACACGUUUUUUGCAAGGUCAUCAUGCAUAUUUGUAUGCCAUUUUCACUAGCAUGUUCAUUUUUGUAAUGCAUUUUGGUAACCGUUUGUUUACUACAUCCUAAAAUAUGGACAGUGCAAAUUUCACUUCUCAUGUUGUUAUGGAAAGCGUGCAUUUCAUAGGCUUGCCUUUAAAUCUGAAUAUGAUUUCCCCCCCAUCCUUAGUGGUGGACACCGACCAGGAGAGCUUUAAAAGGGAGGCUUAAGACAAAUGCAUGGGUGGGUGUGUAAAGCUAUCAGCAUCUUACAGCUACAAUGACUAUGCCCUCCUUCCAACCUCUGUGGCAGGGGAAUUCCUCUGAAUGCCAGUUGCUGCGAAUCGCAAGGGAGGAGAGUUGCUCUUGCACAGGGGUCAGAAAACUUUUUCAGCAGGGGGCCGGUCCACUGUCCCUCAGAUCUUGGGGGGGGGGGAACUAUAUUUUGAAAAAUAAUAACGAAUGAAUUCCAAUGCCCCACAAAUAACCCAGAGGUGCAUUUUAAAUAAAAGGAGACAUUCUACUCAUGUAAAAACACACUGAUUCCCGGACCGUCCGCGGGCCGGAUUGAGAAGGUGAUUGGGCCAGAUUCUGCCCCCAGGCCUUAGUUUAUCUACCCAUGCUCUUGCACUCAGGCCCUGCUUCCAGGCUUCCAACAGACGUCUAGUAAGGAAUCGAUGCUGGUCUAGACGGUUCACUGGCCUGAGCCAGCAGGCUCUUCCUGUUUUAUUAUCUCCCUGUUACCCUCCUAGUUGCAAUAAGUUUGCUUCUUUUCUGAAGUGGAUUUGUUGCAAACCCUUUCAUCUGUUUGCAGCCAAAUCACUAGCAUAGGUCUAGUACACAGAGAGCUCUUAACUUUCCUAGAGAGGACCCUCUGUGUGGCCUCUUCCCCUGCCUCCUCCAGGUGGGAAUUCUGUACCAAAGGAGAUAAUCCUUUAUAUUUCCUUCUGCCUCCAAGGUGGCCUCUCCGCCGUCAUGCUUCCAAGCUGAUCAGAUGUAUGCCUGGGGUUUCCCGCAGACACACGCGGCCCAUUUUGAAGCCAACUGUUGUAUUUUGUACCUGAUCAUUUUUCUUAGCUGUAUCAUAUUUGCUGCUUGCAUUGACAUGUCAUUAAGCCAUUUUAGUUUAUCUUUCGAAAACGUGCGGUUUGUUGUCUGCAACCGGGAUGAAGAAGGGGAGGUCAGCUGACCACAA